AGUUCAGAGAGAAACAUCACCACCACCCAUAAUAGCCAACGUUUCAUUCCGAGGCAGUUGCUUGGCUACGUGGUCCUACACAGCCUGACAACAGCCUUGCCAUUGUCGCUGAUAUCAACCUUUUCAUUCCAGUUCGAAUGUUGCAGCCUACCUCAUGAGACAACGCAGAGGACGAUCCACGGACCACCGACGGAGGUUUCCAGCUGUGAGUGUCAGGAAUGCCACCUCCCGGCGGAGGUAAAAGAAAGAGAGGGGACAGAACAUACUCCGAUGACCAGCAGUAUUCCCGUCCCUCGCCGCAUCGACCCGCGAGCCUGAAUCUUGCCCAACAGGGCCAUUCUCAGUCCCCAAGCAAUGAGCGCGACAACGCGCAAUUCCGUGGUAGAGGUGGUAGAAGAUCCAUUCGAGGUGGCCGAGGCGGUUUCGACGUGUCGUCUCCGGUCAACGGGCCUGACGGAACCACAGUGCCAUCCACAAACUCAUCUGUAGAGGUCGAGUCUAGCAACACCGACAGCGCCAUGACUACAGCACAGGAUUCUGCUCCUUCCAUUCCGGAACUCACAGAUCCUCCAAAAGAGGCGCAACCUUACAACUACACCUAUGUGACGACCGAAGCCUGCGAUACAUGGGGCAAGGGCGGUAGUGAGGAUGUCUUACGACAAGGCAUAGCUGCGUUACAAGAGGACGACACAACCAAAAUCUCGGAAAUCAUGGAAGAGAUAUGUCAAUCUGUGGUGUUUGGAAGAUUGGAUCCCUUUGACGCAGGAAAACUGGUCAAGACCAUGAUCGAGACAGAGCAGCCAAAUGGCGAUGGCCAGCCUAUGGCCACUCCUACGACUCUUCAAAUGGCCCUACUCGAUGCUAUUUCGACCUUCUUUGAGGCAAAAUAUGACUUGCCAAUCGACCGCCUUUCUGCUUUCAUCGUGACGACCGAGAUACCCCACGAUUUGCUUCGGCUCGAGUUCGAUGCACCACUACUUGAAAAGUUGGAUCUUAUCAGGAAUACAUUCGGCCGGAUGAACAUAAGAAAACAGACGAACCUCUUGUAUCGCCAAGCCAACUUCAAUCUUAUACGAGAAGAGUCGGAAGGAUUCGCAAAAUUGAUGACGGAGCUAUUUACCACCAGCGGGAACGAACCACCCACAGCGGAGGUAGUUGAGGAGACGGUUGAGAAGGUCAAAGCAAUGAUCGGUGCUUUCGAUUUAGACGUCGGUCGAAGUCUUGAUGUCGUUCUCGAUGUCUUUGGAGCAGUGCUCGUCAAGCAGUUCCGCUUCUUUGUCAAAUUCCUCCGCGCCAGUCCGUGGUGGCCACGUUCAUCUACAUUUACGCGAAAACACACUAUUCUCACCGGACUUCCACUAUGGGCACUUCCGGGCUCCGAGGGUUGGCAUCUCAGCGAAGAUCAGAAGGAUGCAGUUAUAACCGAGAGCCGAAAGCGUGAUGAGGCUUUCUGGCCUCAGGCCCAAGAACUAGGCCUGCGUGCAUUCCAUCUUCUUGGAAGAUCACCAGCCUCCCAAGACCAGCUCGAUUCGGCUGUCUCAUCUUCGGCAGACGAUCUCUUAGCGCAAUGGGUUCGAGAAACUGGCACUGUCCCUCCAAGCGGGAAUCGCGACGCCGCACAGUUGUUGGGGUUCAAACUUCGAUUCUAUUCUUCGUCUUCAGCACGAGACGAGACAGACGUACUGCCAGACAACCUCAUCUAUCUCUCUGCACUUCUCAUCAAAAUCGGGUUUAUCUCCCUCAAAGACCUCUAUCCCCACAUUUGGCGGACCGACGAACACAUGGAGGAGUUGAAACAACAGAAGAUGAAAGAUAAAGCAGAAAGAGAAAGAGCCGCGAGACCUGGGGCUGGUGCAAGAAAUGCAUUGCUGAUGGCAGGCGCACUUGUGGAUGACACUGCCCCGCCUGUCCCGUCACGGCUCAGAGAGACGACCACCCGUGCCAGUACUCCGUCUAAAGAGCCCGAGGCCGACAAACUCUCUACGAAGGACUCCAACGAGCCUGCUGACCAGAAGGUGCUUUUGCUGAAGAGUCUACUUGCCAUUGGUGCGCUUCCCGAGGCUCUUUUCAUCUUGGGUCGUUUCCCUUGGUUGGUUGACCUCAUUCCUGAACUACCCGAGCACGUCCACCGUAUAUUGCACCAUUGUCUGAGUCAGGUCUAUGGUGACGUACGACCACUGAAGGAUCGCCCCACUCUUCACGAACUGAAGCCCAGCUACGAAACUGAUAUCCCAGGCCUCCAGAAGGGGCAGGUCAAGAUUGUCGACGCUGCAGAAAAGAAGGUGCUCAGAUGGGCUUUGCUGGAUCGCAAUGACAGCGCAGAUGGUACAGAUUACCGCUUCUACUGGGACGAGUGGAACGAUAACAUCCCGAUAUGUCAAACUGUUGACGAUGUUUUCACGCUCUGCGACACUUUGUUGCCUCUUGUUGGUGUCAAGAUCGGCCAGGAUCCCGGCCUGCUGCUGAAGAUCGCGCGCAUUGGCAAGCACAGCUUACUGGCCGACAAAAGAGACAACAAUCGCUCACGCUGGCUGGACUUGAGUAAACGCAUACUAUUGCCUGCCCUCAGCCUGACGAGGUCAAAUGCUGGCGUGGUCAAUGAAGUGUUCGAAUUGAUCAGCAAUUUCCCUGUCAGCGUUCGAUACCUGAUGUACCUUGAAUGGGUGUCGGGCAGAACAUCUCGCAAUCCCGACAUCAAAUCAGCCUUUGAUCAAGCCCGAGCAGAGACGAAGGACAUCCUCAAGCGUAUUUCCAAAACCAAUAUACGACCUAUGGCUCGAGCACUAGCGAAAAUUGCCUUCGCCAACCCUCACAUCGUCAUCACCACAGCUUUGACUCAAAUUGAGGUGUACGACAGUAUUGCGGAAGUCUUCGUCGAAGGAGCACGCUACUUUACCGACCUUGGAUACGAUGUCCUUACCUGGGCAAUUGUCAGUUCAAUGGCAAAGGCAGGAAGAAGCCGGACUCAAGAAGGUGGCAUGUUCACUAGUCGUUGGCUAUCAGCUCUUGCCCAUUUUGCCGGGAAAAUCUACAAACGAUAUGGCAUGAUGAGGCCGGGACCAAUCUUGCAAUAUGUCGUGGAACAAGUCGAGCACGGCAACACCACUGAUCUCAAGAUGUUGGAGCAAAUCGUGCUAGCUAUGGGUGGAAUCGCCACAGACACGAGUUACAACGACGCACAAUUACAAGCUAUGGGUGGUGGACCUCUCUUGCAAUCUCAAACCAUUCUGCAACUGCUUGACACGAGGCACGAUUCCAAAAAGACCUCAGAGCGAUUGAUGAAGUCACUUCAAGAUACUGGUUUGGCAGCCAAGUUCUUGAUAUCCAUGGCUCAGCAACAGCAAGCUUGCGUGUUUGAAGAAGGUGAUGUGCCGCUGAAGGCUAUAGGAAACACCUAUGAUGAGAUCCAUCGCGUCAUGGUCCAGUACCUUGACCUUUUACGAGCAAACCUGUCGCAAGAGGAUUUCCGCUCAACUGUUCCUGAUGUUGUCAGUCUUCUUGUCGACUACGAAAUUCGCCCAGAAAUUGCAUUCUGGAUUAGCCGGCCCGUCCUUUCCAAACAAAUGCAGGAGCUCGACCGAGAAAAUGGUAAAGACCAACGUAUUGAAGACGUGAGUGACACCAAGGCAGUCAAUGGAGACAUCGAGAUGUCCGAUCAAAUCAAUGGCGGAUCUGAAGAGGAUGGCGAGGCUGUGGAAACGGACGCCGCAAAUGAGACCCCAGCCGACAGUGAUGCCAUGGAUCCAAACCUGGACCUCGAAACUGGUGGCAAAACACCGGCUGCCACCGAAACACCCUCAGAUAACUGCUGGCAUCCUGUGAUGAAAGAGCUGAUGACAGCCAUUCAGCCAUCUCUAUCUGAUGAAGUGGUCGAAAGUAUUGGUACCGGUUUCUACAUGACUUUCUGGCAAUUGUCACUCUACGACAUCACGAUACCGGGCAAGUCAUAUGAAGACGAGUUGUCACGCCAGCACAAGAAGAUUGCCGCUAUAUCGGGCGACCGGUCGGACGUGAGCGUCUCUGGGACCAAGAAGAAAGAGUUGGCCAAGAAGGAAAUAACAGAGCUUGUCGACCGGCUGUUGGUUGAGAACAAGCAGCACCUCAAGGCCUUUGCCGAGAGCAAGGCUCGACUACAACGCGAAAAAGACCAAUGGUUUCUUGGCAAAGCCAGAAUGGACAAGCAACUCAACACAGCGCUUAUGGAGCACUGCUUCCUUCCACGACUCUUGUCUUCCCCACUGGAUGCAUAUUUCUGCUUCAAAUUUGUCAAAUUUCUGCAUGGUGCCGGUACUCCCAAUUUCAGAACGCUCGGUUUCUACGAUCUAUUCUUCAAGACGCCUCGGCUGGUAUCGCUCAUCUUCAUGUGCACAUCGCAAGAAGCAGACAAUCUUGGUAGAUUCCUCAACGAGGUGCUGAAAGAUCUGUCAAGAUGGCACAGCUCCAAGACAACGUACGAAAGAGAGGCAUGGGGUAGCAAGAAGAACCUGCCUGGGUUCGCCAUGAAAGUCGAAGCUGGAAAGGUCGUGUCCCUUCUGGAUUUUGAAAGCUUCCGCAGGGUCCUCUACAAAUGGCAUGCCAACUUGUACACUGCCUUGCAAAAGUGCAUUGGCUCGCCGGAGUACAUGCAUGUGCGCAACGCAAUUUCUAUCCUACGGUCCAUCUCUGCAGUUUACCCGGUGGUCAACGCUCAUGGAGCUGGACUACAAAAAGCCAUUGAUAAGCUCCACGACUCGGACAAGGAAGAUCUCAAGGUCUCGUCACAGGCUCUGCUUGGUGCGCUGCAUAGGAGGGAGAAAGUGUGGAUGGACCCACAAGCAUUCCGACAAGGGCAAGCAGGAGAACAAGACACGAAACCUCCACAGAUCAAAGUCGACAAUGGCGAAGAUGGCGAGGUCAAGGAUUCUGCCAUGACAGAUGCUCCUGUGAAGACCGAGGAGAAGCAAGCUUCAGGGAAGAAAGAGCUUGUUGAUGAUUCCAAAAAGUCUGUUGGCCUGGAUGCAAAGGCCGAGCCAUUCAAGCCGGGAUCUCGCCCAGCUUCUAGACCACCGCCGCCUAGAGCCGUGGCUCCGAACGGCGCUUCUACACCUACUAGGCAACCUCCCGACACGACUUCAGGUGCCAGACCAGACACAAGAUCUCUACGCUCGGAAGCCUCGAGACCACAGAGCCUUCCGAGAAGACCCUCACCUCCGCCAUCUCGCACAACCCAACCAAGCCUUCCAAGUCGUCCAGAGCUUCCUGAUCUACGCAACGGUAGCCGGGACAGUCCUCGUGCACCGUCAAGGUUACAGAGUGAUUCACACAGGUCCGCUGCUGAUCCUCGAAGCAGUCACAGUCGAGAUAUAAGGUCAGGCUACCGUGGCCCUGAGCCUCCUUUGGACGAAUUUGACCGCCAUGACCGGAGAUAUGAGAGACCAGAUGGUCCACCACGUGGUGGCCGGGACGAACGAGGCUAUGGCCGCGAGCACGACAGAAGCACUCCAUACGAUCGAGCAGCGCCGCAGGAAAGAGACAGACAACCCCUUCGGCCCCCUUCGUCUGUCGAUCGUACGCGUGAUAAUCGAGAACCUACGCCAAGAUCACGCCCUCCACCGUCGGAGCUGCCGGCACCAACAAGCCAGCCUCCUCAGAAGAGAGAUCCCGUUGAUCAAGACAAUCCAAGAGAGGGAGCACAGUCGCCACAGGUGUCCAUUAAUCCAGCACGUGCUGCACUUAUUGAAGGGAGUGGAGACCAGCGUUCGAGUUCAGCGACUCGAGGCCCAGGCUUUGACAAGUCGUCACGUUCAUCGCGCCCCAGCUCACCACGGAGGGAGGAGGACAGGAGGACACACUCGCGCCGUGAUGCAGAUGACCGAAACCAUCCGAGUAAUCGACCAGACUCGGCGGCUUCACGACCACCUUCCCAUGCCUCUUCGACGACGGAACCUUCCGCGAUGGGGCCAAGUUCUCGUGCUAGCACGCAUGGAGCGUUCAAGAGAGACUCCAGACAGCCACCGCCAGUCGACAUGCAGCAUGGUCGCCUUGAGCAGGAACCCUCACACCGUCCUCCGAUUGCGCGUGGUCCUGAACGGCCUCACGAGACGGAAGUUCCCUCUGGCCCUCGUAGUAGGUCAUCAGCAAGCAACGGUCCAGUAAGGGCACCUCCACUCAAUACACAGGUCCCUGCAAACGCUGCUUCCGAUAGGCCAACUCCUACUGGACCUGCGAGACGGGGCCAUGGGCGUAAUGCUUCAUAUAACGAAGCACCAUCGACUCCAGCAACGCCUGCAGACGCUGUUGGUAUUCAUCCGUCCCGUAUGGGUCAGAUCGAGCCUUCGACAACGGAGCAAUCACGGUCUAAUCAGCCACCUCAGUCUCCGCAUCAAAGCCAACCUCCAGCAGGACCAAGGGGUAAUGCUCCUCCUGGUGCUCCUUCUGGGCCUUCGCCGAACUCCCGAGGUCCACCAUCAGGGCCGCUUGCAAAUGAUAUGGGAGGACGCGGCGGACGAAAUAAUCGUCAUCCAAUCAAUGCUGUCAACAAUACGCUUGCUCAGGCAAAUGGACCUAGCAUUCGUGGACGAGGUUCGAGGCAAUCCACUGACGCGUUCGGUCCAGCUGGCAUGCCACCGCCACCACCUCCACCACCUGGCGGCCCUCCUGCGGCUUAUGGGGCCAGUGGGUACUCGCAACAGCAGGACCUCUUUGGACCUGGACCUCAAAAUCCUAACGAUGUUCCUGUAGCAUCCAGGCCACCUACGACGCGUCAUGAUAGCAACAGAGACCGUAGGAGUGACGUGAUCGACGAUCGUGGGUCAGAGAGACGGCCGACUCGCCAUUCGGGUCGGCACGAAGAUGCGCGUGAAGACAGGGAUCAUCGCGGCGAUCGGGACAAUCGUGAUAGCAGGGAAGACAGACAUGGGCCCGGAGACAAUUCACGCAAGGAUGAGAGGCCAAGUCGGAGAGAGCAGUUCCCACAAGAAAGCGGUGACCGGAGAGGAGGAUAUCCAAGAUCUGGUGGACCACCUCGGGAUGAUCAACAGUCUUCGAGAAAGCAUGGCAGAAGUGAAGAUGGGCCCCCGUAUGCCGGCGGUCCUGGGCCAGGAGCGGGCAGCAGAGGCGGUUCAAGAGUCGCCAGUGAAAGCAAGAGACCGCGACGAGGAGCUUGACCGUGUCUGCUUCAAGGUUUGGAAUCGAGGGCGGAUCUGGAAGCAGCAUCAAACGGGUGGCAGUCUCCGGUGCUGGUUUACAGGGUGCUGCUGCAACGCCAGAUAUCUUUGGAGAGACUGUUUUACUACUCCACCAAUGUUUAAGCAUUUACAACGUAUUCCUUCUACUUUAC